CGAAAUGGUACUGCUACUUACCUGUUUCCUGGUUGUACUCAUCCUGUUGAAACUUCUUCAUCGAAAAAAUCACAAAUUUGCAAACGGCCUGCCAACCGUCGAACCGUGCCACCCUUUGCUGGGCAAUGUGCUUAUGUUCAUCGGUAAAAGUCCCGAACAAAAGUUCGAAAACCUCACUCGGGGUUUCUUGGAAAAUGAUCGCCUCUUCAAAUUGUGGUUCGGUCCGAAGCUCACGCUUGGUACCAGCCAUCCCCAGUUGGUGCAAAAAAUCGUCAAUCAUCCGGACUGCAUCGAGCGACCGCUGUUUUUCUACAAGCAACUUCGUAUGACGCAGGGGCUGCUGGUGGCACGACAUGAGUUGUGGAAACAUCAGCGUAAAGCGUUGAACUCGACCUUCAACUUGAAAAUACUUCACAGCUUCAUACCGAUCUUCGAAGAAUGCAGUAGGAAAUUGGUGGAACGCCUUCAGAACCAUGUGGGAUCUUCGAAACCUAUCAAUUUAGCGCAAUUCGUAUCUCACUGUACGCUGGAGAUGGUCUGUGGGACAACACUCGGAAUGGAGAAUUUGCAGCAAGAAUCUGGAAGUCGGUUCUUGCAUCACAUAGAACGGGUGAUGGACAUCAUGGGUGAACGGAUUUUGAGUGUUCCCAUGCAAAUUACUGCGCUAUAUGUGUUCACGCCCAUGUUUUGGCAGGAAAUGUACUCGCUGAGAAUGAACCGACAAUAUGCUGCUGAGAUCAUCAACGAAAGACGUCAAAAAUUGAAAGAAAGUCACCAAUGUAAGGUAAUUGAUGAAGACCAAGAUGGCUACCGAAAGCCACAGAUCUUUCUGGACCAAAUUCUGUCUGCAAAUCGAGCCGGAAUGCCUUUCAGCGAUGAAGAAAUCCAACAUAAUGUUAGAACCAUGAUUGCCGCUGGAAAUGACACGUCCGCCAUAGCGAUAUCUCACUGCUGCCUGUGGUUAGCCAUGUAUCCAGAAAUUCAGGAACUCGUAUAUAGUGAAAUCAAAGAACAGUUUCCUUCCCCCGAAUCCGAAAUAACCCCAGAAACACUCAAGCAGCUGAACUACACCGAAAUGUGCAUCAAAGAAACGCUGCGGCUGUCUGGACCGGCUCCCAAUAUUGCACGGGAAACUUUAGCGGAUGUGGAACUGGAUGGACUCAUCAUCCCAAGGGGAACCACCAUCAUCCUGUGUUUGUACGCUUUACAUCGAAGGCCGGACAUUUGGGGUCCCAGUGCGAAACGAUUUAAUCCGGACAAUUUCCGUGAGGAUGCAUGUCGAGAACGACCGGUGGGAGUUUUCGUUCCCUUCAGUUCUGGGCCACGGGAUUGCAUAGGUGGACGAUAUGCAAUGAUUAGUAUGAAAGUGAUGCUGAUCUACAUUUUGCGCAACUUCAAAUUGACCACACAACUAAAACCGGGGCAGUUGCGUUACAAAUUUGGACCAACUCUGAAGUUGGCUUUCGAUCAUAUGAUCCAGUUGGAGCAACGAGAGAGUUAAAAUUUG